CCUUGCUUGGCGUGAUUCUGAUGACGUCACUGGCAGAGUUGUCAUGGCGUCUUUGAGACAGAAGCUGCUGCUGCAUUUUAGCUAAAAAUCCGUCGACAGACUGUAAACCGCAAUGGAGAAAAAUGCAAAUGCGCUCGGAGGGACAGAAGGAAGCUCCGUUUGUGCUCCUGUCGGCGGAGACGUGGGGAAUGUCGGAACCGCCGACAAAUGCAAGAAGAGUGAGGCUCAUCUCAGCACUUUGGGGAACGUUAGUUGUAAUAACAGCACGGCGAAUGUUAGCGCUGCUGAUGUCAUUUCCAGCGCUGGAAAGUCUGACGGGACACAAGUCAGCGAAAUCCCGCCGGAUCGGAACAAGGACGCUGAGGUGAGCUCCGUGGAUCGGAUCAAUAACGGGAUGGGUCAUGAUUCGCUUCUGGCUGCGGGAGAUAAUGAGGGUGGUGCCUCAAAGUUAGUCAACAACAAAACCGACGCUCCCUCCUCAUCUCCCGCCCGGGCUUCCGGUCCGGACGGGGAGCUAUUGGGUUGUGCGGACAGGGAACCGACUGAACUUCAAAACCCGACUCAUCUGAGUCCGGAUGUGACAGCGAGCGUCAAAGUGGGGCCGUCCGGAGAUCAAACCUUAUCCGAGGGACCGGUGAGUGGGAGUGACCCCGAUCCCAGCCUCGGCGGAGAGUCCCGGAGCAUUGAUUCACUGGAGUCCUUUUCCAACCUGAACUCCUGCCCCAGCUCCGACCUGAACAGCGAGGGGCUGGAGGACAGAGGACUGGCCUUACAGGCGGACUACGGGCCUGACGGCACAAAGACUUCGUGCGCAAAGGACCGUUCCGCCGGUCAGUCCAUAUAUCAUAUCAAAUGGAUCAAGUGGAGGGAGGAGAACACGCCGAUCAUCACCCAGAACGAGAACGGCCCGUGCCCGCUGCUGGCAAUUAUGAAUGUGCUUCUUCUGGCAUGGAAGGUUAAGAUGCCGCCUAUGAUGGAAAUUAUAACGGCAGAGCAACUGAUGGAAUAUCUUGGAGACUACAUUCUUGAAACCAAGCCUAAGGAGAUAUCGGAGGCUCAGCGGCUAAACUACGAACAGAACAUGAGUGAUGCCAUGGCAGUGUUGCACAAGCUGCAGACUGGCCUGGAUGUGAAUGUGAAGUUUACAGGGGUACGAGUCUUCGAGUACACCCCAGAGUGCAUUGUGUUUGAUCUGCUGGACAUCCCUCUCUACCACGGCUGGCUGGUUGACCCCCAGAUGCAAGACAUUGUGAAAGCAGUAGGUAACUGUAGUUAUAAUCAGCUGGUGGAGAAGAUAAUAUUCUGCAAACAGUCGGACAACAGUGAGCUGGCAGGGGAAGGGAUUGUGGCCGAGCAGUUUCUGAGCAGCACAGCCACUCAGCUGACGUACCACGGCUUAUGUGAGCUCACAUCCACUGUGCAGGAAGGAGAGCUGUGUGUCUUUUUCAGGAAUAACCACUUCAGCACCAUGAUCAAGUAUAAGGGCCAGCUGUACCUCCUGGUUACAGACCAGGGUUUCCUGACUGAGGAGAAGGUUGUGUGGGAGAGUCUGCACAACGUUGAUGGAGACGGCAAUUUCUGUGAUUCAGAGUUUCGGCUGCGACCUCCUUCUGAUCCAGAGACCGUGUACCGCGGCCAGCAGGAUCAGAUAGAUCAGGACUAUCUGAUGGCACUAUCACUGCAGCAGGAACAGCAAAGCCAGGACCUCCAGUGGGAGCAGCUGCCAGAGGGCAUCAGUGACCUGGAGUUAGCCAAGAAACUUCAGGAGGAGGAAGACCGACGCGCCUCCCAGUACUACCAGGAGCAGGAGCAGGCAGCGGCUGCAGCAGCAGGACAGGUUCAGCAGGGCCAGCAAGAGCCUGCAGAGGGAGUCGAGUCAGACAGAGGAGGCACGGGAGCAGCCGGAGCAGCAGCCGGAGCCACACCAAGUCCAGGAAAACAGUCCUGUACAGGGGAGCGUAAAGCCAAGAAAGAAUCAAAGGAUAAAGACAAAUGUGUAAUUUUGUAACAUACAGCAUGUGUGUGUAUGUUUGUAUGUGCGCGCACGCCUGUGAGUGUUGUGCAUUUGCUCGUCUGUGAUGAAGGGGACAGCGUUUGUCUCGCUGUAGACUGAAAACAGACUUGACUUGAGGACAAACACGGGGAGGAGUGACAUGACAAGACUCCCAGGAUUUGCUGUUCCCAAACCACUGGUGCCUGCCCUUCUCUGUCCUCAACAAAACCUGAACAUCAGAGGAAGGGACACAACAACAACAACAACAACUACCCCAUAUCUUUAAUAGAGUCGGCCAAACUUUGUUACAAGUCACAUAGUGCACUAUAUUUGUGGUUUGUUUGGGGUGGUAUGUUUUCUAGAAAAAGACGCAGUCUGAAGAAACAAAAUGUCACCCUGUCGUCAAAACAUUUUUGUUUUUCUUUAUUGCAGUUUAUAAGCUUUUUGUACUUGUCAAUAUUUACACAGAACCACACUUUUUUUAAGUUAGCCAUAGAUUCCAAGAGUUGUUUUUGUUUUCUUUUUUUAUGUGUGUACAGUAUGUACCUGUACCUGUGCAACAGAAAGGUUUUCUGGGAGGUUCCUUUUUUUUUCCUUUUACCUGAAAGGCAUUCUUCCCCCCAACCCUCAGCAUAUCACUUCAUGAAAAAUUAAUGCAACACUAUUUGUGUUCUCUUUGAAAAACGAUGUUCUAAAGGGUUCCUUAAUGCCAGAUGCUGAACACUGUAGCUACGUGACAGCAGUUUGCCAUGUUCAGAUUUGCCUUACAGAUUAUGGCAGGGCUGUUUGAAUGUCUACUCAUUUGCACAGUACUUGUGCUCUGUGAAGGUGUGCACACCUCAUUUGCAGAGCAUCGCCCAUGUAAGCGGUUUAAAUUGAAAAGUAGCCAGAUGUUUUUUGCCGUGUGUGACAUUUAAUCAGCUUUAUGGCACUAUUCUUCAUGUCAACAACUCAGUCCAGCAGGACAGUGUUGCAUUUCAGUCUGAUGUUUCUCUGAGAGAGAAGUCCAUGAUGGAGGAUUUGGAUUAGAGCCCUACCUGUUUAUAAAGGACUGUAGCUUCACGCGUUGUCCAUGCUGGGUUCUUGAUGGAGUUACAGUUUAAGUGACAAACUGUUCCCCUCGGAACGUGAAAAUGUGCUAUUAUUUUUCAUAAACCUGAAUCCAAGUCUGUAAUCUGUGAUGUGAAGACCUACAAGAGCACUGGAAGAACAAGUUCAAUUCACUUGAUUCUUCUGAACAUAGAAAACAUUUUGGUUUGAGAUCACAACACCAAUGUGAGAAGAUGGUUUAGAAUGUCAGGUUUUAUUUCCUGAUAUUUAUAUUGGGAAUGUGUUGCAGAGAUGGUGGCCAAGCGGUCAAAUGUACUUGUUUCUAGUGUGGAAGGUUUCUGGUUCAAAAUCUGCCCAUUCUCCAUGUAAUAUGGAGUUGUGUCAGGAAGGGCAUCUGGUGUAGAACUUGUGCCAAAUCAACAUGCAGCUCCACCUUGGAUCUGCUGUGGCAAGCUGGCAUGAAAUGCAAGGGAGCACCCAAAGGGACUUAUGUACGUUCUCUUUUUUUUUUUUUUUCUUACAUUGGGAUUCUGAUGAGAACGUUUAAUAACGUAGCAGCUUUUGUGUCACACCACUCAUUUUUUGUUUAAAUUAUUGGCACAUAUGAAUCAUAAAUGACCCGUACGAUUUGGUUCAAUGCAACAACUGCAUCAAGCCUGAGACUGUCAUCACCAACCACCAUCAAGUUGGUUUCUUCUUUUACAGGAGCCUCAAUUAUUUUUGAUGAGUCUAAACUAGGUUCAGGUGUGGUGACUGAUUUGGUAUUCUGGAAUCUUCUACUUUUCUCUCUCUAAAGUCCUUUGUUGAGUUGGUGGGGAGUUUUAGGGUGUUGUGUUGCUGUAUGAUUUAUUCAGAUACAUUUCUCUACACGUCAGAUUAAAUAUUCCCGCAGACUUCUGAUUUCAUUCUGCUGCUGCCAUGCUGAGUAACAGCAUUGAUAAGGAUCAGUGCACCCGGACGCCCAAGUCCUGACUUGGUUCAUACUCUCAAUGUCUUGUAUGAGUGCUGGAUUGUGAUGCCUUCACCUUGGCCCUGUGGAGGUCAGUGGUUGUUCUUACUGUUGUUUUGGGGUUUUAUUUAUAGCUCUCACAAUGUUUCUGCCAUCAGCUAUUGUUUCUUCCUUUGCCAGCCAUUUGAUGUCUUGCCCAGUAAACGCUGUGGUUUCUGUCUUUUUCGGGACAUUCCAGAUAGUUUUGGCUGUGCCCAGAGUAGACACAGAGAUAACUAACACUUCACCAAUCUGACAGGACACACCAGGAUGAUGAGACAUAUCUUUUGUUCACCUAAAAAACUGGACAGUCUGAUACAAAAGGUGCUACAUUCUGGCAUUUCAUACAUUCAGAUUUAAAUGUGAGGAAAUAAAAGCAAUUUUAAAGUCUUGUCAUACUUAUCUUUUGAACCCAAAUCUAUUCUGUGUCUCCUAAAUUCAGAUGACUUGGCCUUGUUGUUCCAAUACUUUUAGAGGGGACUGUACUUGUUUUAGGGUCACUGUCAGUCUCACUCGCCUUUUCUAGCCUCUUAUGAACGUUGUGCAAUGAAAGGGAAAUUUCAUCACUUACUCAUGGACUUUCAGGGUUACAGAAAAUGUUCGUUCCUGGUGUAGCUGUGUUGGAGCGUAGUGCGUUCUUCAAAUUUAAAUUACGCUCUUUCAGUGUGUACAUUUCAAUGCAGCAUUAAACUUAGAGAAACAUGAUGUACAUAGUUAUGUAAUGCAUCCUUUCUUGGUUUGUGCCAUUAUCUUACCACAGGACUGCCUCCUGAGAUAACUUUUCUAUCAGUACAUUCCAGUUGGAUGCCUUUACUCAAGCCUCCUGUUGUUCGUCAGACUGAGGAAGACGUGUGUCAUAGUCGGUCCUCGCAGCAGUACUAAAGCAGUUUCCAUGUUACAAUUUGAUGACAAGGAAUUUGAUUUCAUUGCCUGCACCCCCAGCUGUACUUUGUACAUAUUACGCCUUACAUUUCAACAUAUUCUAUAUAGGGCAAAAGGAAACGGCUGUCCAAAAUGAGACAAUCCAUACAUUGGGGACAACAAAAUCUCAGGCCUUUUCUGAAGGGAUGUCUCGGUUGUCUUUCUAAAAGGGUUUGCUUUGUGUUGGCAGAUUGUCGGCCAUUAUUUUGGUUGUAUGUAUGUGGUGUGGAUGAUCUAAAUAGAAUAUCUUGACAGUUUGAAGGAAGCAGCAUGACAGUGUUUAAGAAACUUACCACUGAACUGAGGAUAAUGAAUUAAGCAGCUGUUCUUAACUUGGACUACCUAAAAAUAAAAAUCUCUGAAGACGGUUUGGAAAUACUGUUAACUACAUACACCCCCCACCCCCCAUGUCAGUUAAAAUUAAAACACACUUAGGAAGGACCAUAAAUGUUACUGUUAAUAAGAUGAAAAUGGGGAGAUGGGAAGCUUUUUUUAUUUUAUAUUUUGUCUGUUUUCUUGACUGACAUCAGUUGGGUUAUUAUCGGGACAGAUUGUCUUGAGACUGCCCAGAUUUACCCAGCUGUACCCAUUAAGUGAACCUCAUACAACAUUCCAAGUGAAGAUUAAAUUUGAAUUUUGACUUCUGGCA